AUGCUACCACUGUACCUACAUCAGAAAAUGAAAAUAUUGAAUCAGAUAAACCUCUCCAAGAUGAAGUUGCAACAGAAGAUACUCCAGAGAUCUCCAAAACAACCUAGUAUACCAAUAGUAAUUGAAGUCAUCGAAUUUCUGGAUAUUGAGACUGAAGAUCAACUGACCCAAUUGUCAAGACCACGUCAAUCACAGAGUUCAACAGAAGUUACUAGUCAAAAUACUAAGCCACAGUUGAUAGUAUCACAAGCUUCUACUCAGACUACUCAAUCGCAGGAAGAGAAUCCGAUUGUUCAAUCAGGUCAACCUGCUGAACCUGCUGAACCCACGCAAACUUCACAACAAACUUCACAACAAUUCCACCAGGUGAACACUGAUCUAGAUUCAAUUACACCUAGAACUGUUAAUGAAAAUGAUGAACAUGUUCAAACACGAAUUCCUGAAUCCCAGCAGGAAGGAACUACAGUUGCAGAUACACAAGAAUCGUCAAUUUCACAACGAAGUACACAAAGCAGGGUAGGAUUUAGUCAAGAUAGUACGGACUCGUCAAGUUCUAAUAAGCAUUUGAAUAAAGUUAAGAGAAUCAACCCGGCCCUGAUUAUUCCUGCUACAAGGAUCCAAAAAUCAAAGAAUGUUUUCCGUUUGUUGAAUAGUUCUGAUGAGGAUUCUGAUAUUGACGAGACUAUGGAGUCACUAGCCGCCGAAGUUGAAAUUGAAAACUUGAAUCUGAAUAGAGAGCAACCUAAUGAAUCUGGCAAAGAAAGUAAUUCUUUGAAUGAAGGAGAGGAAGCUGUCCAAACAUCGAAUACUACAGAAGAACCAAGACCUGUUGUUGCUAAUCAACAAGCUCCUGAAGAUUCCGAUACUGUGAUGGAGCCUGCAGAUGCGCCAGCUCAAGUUGGUACUGGAGCUAGUGAAAAAGAUGACUCUGAUAGACUGGAAACCGUAAUGGGCCGUACUACAGUUCCAGAUGGUGAAAUCAUUGACGAACCGAUUGAAAUAAUAGAAGCGGUUGAACCGACUCCUGUUCAAUCAAGUGAAUCACCAAUUAAUAUCAGUACAGCCACAAGAGAAACACAUGAACGCGAGGUGGUUGCUUCGAUUAUGUCACAACAGCCUGUUGGUGAAUCUAUACCAGGAAUAGGUGGUCCGGCGAUGAAUGAAGGACAGCAAGAGAGCACGUACACACCACCUGAUAAUGACGAGAGUGCAAUUGUAAAUACUGUUCAAAUGGGUAUUAAUCCGAAAAAUAGUCAGCUACAGCAAAAUAUUGUACCUGAAACUGCAGAUCAAGAAAAAGAUCUUCUCAGAAAAGCUGUUCAAGAAUUGAAAAUGAAACUUCGUGAGGCAGAGAGAACCAUUGAACAAGAAAAGAAUGAAAAAGAAGUAGUUGAACAAAAUUUCAAAGAAGCGCAAAGUGAUUAUCAACUGCGAUUCAAAGAACUUUCUCAACAGAUAAAGAGCUCAGAACUCAAGUUUAAUAGAGAAGAAGUUGCUAGACAACAAGCAGAACGUGAACUCAUAAAUUUGGAACAAAAAGUAAAUGAAUAUUUUGAAAGUCAAGGACUAGUUGACAAACAAUUUAACCAGCGAGUUUCUGAACUUGAGAAUCACUUGAUUGGUGUCCAAUCCAGCUUGGAAACUGAACAGAAGAAUAGAGAAAGAAUUGCAAAUGUUCUUCUGAGAGAAAGACAAGAAUGGACUAAGGAAUUACGUGAGACUGAAAUGCUUAUUCAAAAGGAAAAGACUGCUAGACUAGAAGUUGAGAGUCAUCUUCAACGAGCCAGACAGGAAAAUCUCCGUCUUUCCAUUGAAAUAUCCAGAACUCGCGAAGUCGUGAAUGGUAAAGAAGAAACAAGUCUCAUAAAUGUAUCCGAAUUGGAACAACAAUUGUCUGACACACGUACCGAAAUUGAAAAGCUUAAGAGAUUAAGACGAAUUGAUGAAGAAGAGAAUAGGAAACUUCAAGUGGCCAAUGAUAGCUUGAGGAAUCAACUAGCUACUGCAAUUUCAAAUGCUAACAAUGAAACAAAUUCAAAGAUACAGAUUAAAGAGAAAUUAUCUCAGUAUGAUAAGAAGAUUAAUGAAUUAUCUGCGGAAUUAAGUGCUUCCCAAAGUGAGUUACAAAAGGCUAGUAUGAGGGGAGUAUUUGCUGAGCAGCAAAACGAAACAUUAAAGAAUGAGCUAGAUGCAGCUACAAAAGAAGUUAAACAACUAAUAGAAAGACUUAAAAUUACCAUGGAAGCUCACAGCAGUGUAACUCAAAUUUUGAAAUCUGUACUGGAUGCCAAAAAAGGAGUAGAACAAAAAGUUGAAGAAUUAGAGAAUCAAUUAGCAAUAGCUAUUGAAGAUGCACAAAAAGAUAGGACUGCUUGUGAAAAUGCUGAGAAGAAGCUUGCCAUAAGUCUUGAAAAUGCUAAGGAGUUAGCUGAGACGCAGUCCAUUGUAGCUGCUGACAAGGAAGUAGCCGCCAGAGAAAAGUUUCAAUUGGAAAUACAAAGAAUAGAAAGUGAAAGGGACCAAGCAAGAAGGGAAGCUAAAGAACUAACUGAUAGACUAGAAGCCACUAAUAUUGCUUACAAUCUGGAGAAGGAAAAAUAUGUAUCUAAAGACAGGGAACUUCAAAAAGCAAAAGAAAUGCUUUCGCAAGUAACCCGCCGAAUGCAAGCUGCAGCUGAAGUCCACCGACAUGAAAUACAGGUACGCGUCACGAGAGAAGCAAAUGCUGUUAAUCAUGCUAAUGUUCUAGCAUCUAACUUACAUAAACUUCAAAUAAAGUUCAAGGAGGUUGAAGAAGACAACAGAAUCCUUCAACAUGAAGUUGCGAAUUUCAAUACUACUAUGCAAAAUGUGAUUGAAAGUCGGGACGCGGUUGCUCGAGAAGUAAAUGCUUUACAACAGAAUAUUUCAAUGUACAGACUUCAACUGGACUCUGAAAGAGCUUUAAGACAUUCUGCUGAGAAAUCAAAUGAGGAAGCUCAGGCUACUUUAAAGCAAGUGACUGAUGAAAGAGAUGAACUUCUUGGCCAACUCCAAGGUGCGACUGAAGCAAGGUGGAACUCUGCGAGAACAGCUGCAGAAGCUAUCCGUGAACUCGAGUCAUACAGAGCAAGAAUGGAUAAAGAAAUAAUGGAACUUCAAAAAAGGGAAGCAAGUGCUAGAGAAGCUCUAGACCUUGAACAAGGUGCAAGGGAAAUUGCUGAAAACGCAUCUAGGAGAGUUAAUAAUGAAUUUAACAAUAUUAAGGACCAACUAGUAGCUGCUAGAAAUGCUCUCGAAGCUGAGAAAUCUUCAAAAGAUAUAGUUGAGAAUGCAAGAGUUUCGUUGGAAAAGGACCUCAAUGAACGUACCGAGGAAUAUGAAAAGGUAAAAGAGGAAUUGGAAAAAUCCAUUGAAAAUCUUUCUCAAGAGGUUGAAGAUGCAAAGAAGGUAAUUGAAAAUGAAAGAGUUGAAAGAGAGACGCUACAGAAAUCGCAUGAUCAGGCUAUUGAAUGUUAUAAAGAGCAACAACGGGAACUUUUACAAAGAAUUGCUAGUAUGACCGUUGAAAACAUGGCCAUUCAAAGAGACUUUGCUGAAAAUACUGCUGCGAAUUUGUCACGAGAAGAACCUGUACAUCUCGAAAUUUCCGAAUCGGACGAAGUAAACAAUGGUGAUGCUAUGGAAAUUGACAAUGAGAAUGAAUUAAUCGAAGAUAAUGAGCCACAAAGCUCAAUUGCUAAUGCAGAAUCUGUUGAGAAAGAAAACCCUUUAGAUGAAGUUGCAGAUCAACUCGGAGAUGAUGAAUCAAAGAAGACUGGGGACAUCAUGAUUGCAGACAUUUCUGACGAUUAUGACAUGCAAGAUUACAUCAAUCUUAACACACUGAUUUCGAAAGAAGACGAGGAUCAAAAUUCAAAGGAAUCAGAAUCACAAGAGUUUAACUCUGUACAAGAUGAACCCAAUAAGGGAAAUGAAAAUGAUGACGAAAUCAUGAAGGAGCGAGAAAUAGUCAACAUUGGACAAGAAUUGGUCAUCAUUGAACAAGAAUUGGUCAGUAUUGGACAACAAGUGGCCAGCAUUCAACAACAAGAAGAGGAAAUCAAUAGUGAACAAGAAAUAGUCAACAACAAACAAGAUAAUGAUGGCAGCAAGGAACAAGAAGAGGUCAAUAAUAAGCAAGAUGAAAUCAACGGCCCAUCAGUUGUAAAGGAGGCUACCACGGAAACUAAUGAUCCUGCUAAAAUUGUUAAGGAAGAAGUUGUUCAGAACCUAAAAGAAUCCAUUGAUGAAGAAAUGUAUGAUACUUUAGAAGAUAGUGAUCCUGAAUUUGCAAAAGAAAUGGACUUAGGAUAUCAAAAACAUCAUUCAAUCCGUUCAUCGACACAGAUAAAUCAAGUUUUGGUCAAUAGAACCAUGUCUGCUGAUGAAAUUCAAUCUCAAAAAUCCGACGAACGUGUUUAUUCUUCAAGUGUUGACACUGAAGCUAUUUCCUCAUCGGCUAAAAGUCAAGGUUUUGCUACAUCUACCCAAAUUUUUGAUGAACAACGUACAAUUGCUAAACAAACCAUUGAUCUUAGGUUGAAUAAAUCAUUAUCUACAUCUGAUUCUGCCUCUGUAUCUGCAUCUUUGGAAAGCGAAGAACAUCAGGAACAGAUAAAUCCAAGUAAACAACAACCAGAGGAGGAGAUUGAUGAAUUUAAAGAACUUUCCUAUAUUGAACAAGAGUUGGAAUCCCGAAAUGAUCGACGUACAUUGCCAAGUGUUACACCAAAGGAAUCAACAGAAGACUCAGGUGAAACCGAUCACAAUCAAUCAACCAAUGUUCUGGAACCAGCUACUCAUGAAGCAAAUGAAAUUGAUCUUCCAAUGGUUACUGAAUUGGAUGCUACAAUUGCUGGUUCGUCAAAAGGAACUGAUCAUCUGAAUGAAGAGACUAGUCCAUUAGAGCUGGUAUCAGAUGAACCACCUGUGAAUGUAUUCGAAAAUGUAUACCAUUCAUCCCUUCAACAAGAAUCGCAAGCUGAAGAUGACAAGGGAGAAUCUGUUGAAGAUUCUGAGAGAAGCAAAAUUGUUCGUGAAUUAAUUGAUGGUGUUGCAGUUGAUGUAAUCAUGUUAUCUCUGGAUUCGGAAGAUGAUGAUGAUGAUGAUGAAGUGGAGGAAAUUACAAUCAAAGAAAGUGAAACAAGCGUCAAAAAGUUGGUCCAUACUCCUAAAGAAUCGAACACAACUGAUGAUGAAAAUAUCGCUGAGGCCGGUUCUCGAGAUGACAAUUACACUCCGCCAAUAGCAUCCUCAUCAGGAGUAUCAUCUAGCCGUGAAGAAAGUACAGGUUUAACCAGUAGAGAAGGAAGUGCAAAAUUAUCCAGUAUGGAAGAUGAAAGUAACCACCCAUCAAAUGAUGCAGAGUCUGAAAGUGGCAACAAGGACGAUGGAAAUUUUGUUCUUCUUUCAAAGAUCAAACGUGCAUUUUCCCAGAGAUACAAGGAAGUUGAAGGUUCAGCCCCUCUGGGUGAAUCAGAUGUCGAUUUAGCAUGUAUGGUUGAUGACAUUGAAAAAUUCAAAUUCCGCUCUUGGCAUAAAAAAAGUUUUGAAACAAGCAAUUCUGAUACAGGUAGUUCGGGAUCAAGCAGCAUUGAAGAAGAUGAAUCCGAAGAUUCUGAAGAUGGAAGUACAGGGAAAUGUACAAGUGAAGAAGUAAAACGCACUAAAGAUGGCUUGGAUAGGUUUAAAGGAAGCAAUGGUAAUGAUAAUGAUAGCAAAACAUCACAUAUAAGAAAACCUAAACCCACUGUGACAAUAGAUGAAAUAGAGCUUGUCCCUUUUGAACCCAGUAGUCCCAACACACGAACUAUUGAAAAAUUGAAUAAUGUGAUUGAUGAUUUGCUCGAUAGUACUAUAAAGCUGUCUUCCAAGUCAUCACAAAGCCAGGAAGAGACAGCUCAUUCUAGUCAGUCAUCUACAACAGCUUCUUCAAGCGUCUAUAAUGUGCCAUUUAGUCCAACCAUUAAAGCGAACAAAUCUAAUAGAGCUAAGGCUAGAAAGAAACGUCGUCAAGCGCUUAAAAAUCGUUAA